UUAUCAAAUUAUCUAGAUGUAUAUCAAUUUAGUCCUAAUUAUAUAACUGUUGAAAAAAUUUAUUAUAAUAUAUUAAAAUUUUCAAAAACUAUUUUAAUGGAUUAGAAGAUUAAUUUAGGUUUUGGGCUAAAUAGCUUAUUAAAAUGGUGUUUUAUUUCUUGUCUUCAUUUCAAUCAAUUCCAUCACUCACUCAAUCUGUGAAAUGGGUAACCAAAGAGGAGUUCUGAUUAUCGUUCUCUUCUUCCUCGCAUUCAUCGCAGUCUCUCAAUCCGUUCCAUUCAUCGUCUUACAUGGUAUUGGAGAUCAAUGCAAGAAUGGAGGAAUGAAAGAGUUUGUGGAGCUUUUAAGUGAUUGGUCUGGUUCUCAAGGAUACUGCUUAGAAAUUGGAAAUGGAAUGUGGACUUCUUGGACCAAGCCCCUUAUUAAACAGACGGCUAUUGCGUGUGAGAAGGUAAAGAAAAUGAGUGAUCUAACUCACGGUUACAACAUUGUUGGACUUUCUCAGGGCAACAUGAUUGGUAGAGGGAUUAUUGAAUUUUGCGAUGGCGGACCUCCGGUUAAGAAUUUUAUAUCCCUGGGUGGUCCACAUGCCGGCACCGCUUCUAUUCCAUUAUGCGGGUCUGAGUUGGUAUGCACCCUUAUUGACAGUGUAAUACAAUUAGGAAUCUACAGCAGCCUAGUUCAGAACUCUCUGGCUCCCACUGGCUAUGUUAAAAUGCCAAUAGAUAUUGAUGGCUACCUUAAGGGGUGUAGGUUCCUUCCAAAGCUUAACAACGAAAUAAUCAAUAAGAGGAACUCCACUUACAGCCAAAGAUUUUCUAGUUUAGAAAAUUUGAUCCUUAUUAUGUUUGACCAGGAUACGAUUUUAAUACCGAAAGAAACAGCAUGGUUUGGUUUUUAUCCAGAUGGAGCAUUACAUCCUGUGUUACCAGUACAACAGACUAAGCUCUAUACUGAAGAUUGGAUUGGCUUACGUGCAUUAGAUGAAGCUGGGAAAGUUAAAUUCUUUAAUGUGUCAGGAGAUCAUUUGGAUAUCUCUGACAGCGACAUGAAAAUUCAUAUAGUCCCAUAUUUGAAGGACCAAAUGAAAGAAACUUGAUUCCAAUCUUGGAAAACCAUGUUUCUUGCAUUGGCAUUGAUAAUUGAUUAUUGUAUACUAAUUUAGAAUUCACUUUCUUGAAAUUUGCUUAAUUUAUUAGUUUAUCCUCCCCUAUAAAAGGUCUUGUCUACUUAGAAAGAACCUUGCGUGAGAUGUCCAGAUAAGUUUUGUAUCUGUGAUUAGAUUUUUUUUUUUACAUGGAAAUGAAUUUCAUUAAAUUAUGUCAAGUAUCAAAUCAAAAGCCAUUAGCAAUA